AUGUAUGUGUAUUUCAUUAAUACGGUACGAAAAUAUCAUACUUAUAUCAACACUUUUUUAUAUUUACUAUGUUUAUUUAAACUUUGUACAAUUACAAAGAUUCAACAAUAAUAUGUUAAUGACAAUAUUUAUUUUCUGCGGAGUGCAUACUUAUAAUAAGCAUUUUUCACCAUUUAUAUUCUUUUAAUAAUAUAGCUUGACAGUAAGU